AUGCAUCUUUUGCACAUAAUUUUCUCACCCUUGAGAUCUCAGACCGAAAACCUGGGGGGCCUUGACCAUUUCUAUCUCUAUGUGAAAAAGAUUGACGAUUACUCCUACAAGUUGUUAAAAAGCUAUGAAGCAGAUGGCGUUGCAGAGGUCAUUCAUCUCAAAGGCAUCAUAGAAGGGGACAAGCAGUAUGCAGAAGUGCAGGAUUGUUUGCAAAGAAAUCGGUACCGCUCGCGUUAUGUGAUUUUUGCUGAUUUAGACGAGCGGAUACUUCCUACAGGAAACAUUAGCCUUGCAAGUUUCGUUAGGAAAAAGAUGAAAAACAACCCAGAUGUAGGGAGUUUAUGGCUUGGAGCUAGAUGGGUACUAAGAACAACACGUGUACCACAAAUUUAUGAGGGAGAUGCAACACUACUCAAUCACCUUCCCACGCUUAUAUUUCACAAUACUUCAUCGAUAUCUCCACAUCCAGCUUCUCCAAAAUGUAUAGUGGAUCCAACAAAAGUCUUUUGGCUAUGGGUGCAUAGGGUGAAAUACUUUUUCCCUGAAUACAGGAAUUUAUACGUGCAUGAAAGCGUUGUUUAUAUCAGGCACUAUCGCGAUGUCGCUGCUGGUGAUUGGGGCAGAAAAUGGAAACCAUAUGUUGAUGAAAUGUGCGAAUGGAGCUUGACUCCCUAUCCGCCUCAUCUAAUGAAAGCGCUUUAUGAUCGAGUAAAAAAGAGGCUUGAUCAAGUAUACAUAAAGAAUAGACAAAAAUAA